UUCAUCGAUUUCUAUAUUUCCAUAGGCUGUAAUGAGAUAUAAAUUUUACAUGAUACGUCUAUCCACAUGUUGAAAGGGCAUUGGAUUUCUCUGUCUGAAGUCUGAGGUAGCUUAGGUGCCAGUCCAAACUUUCAUUUACCCUGUCGGAAAAAUGGAACAUCAAACAACUGAAGUCCGUGAACAGCACAAAUUCGAUGUAAAAAAAUUGCAGAAAUAUCUGAUUGGGAGAGUACCUGGUGUUAAAGACAGCACUACGUUAACUGUCCGGCAGUACAAGGUCGGCCAAUCCAACCCAACUUUUCUUAUCCAAUCUCCGAACCAGAGUUAUGUGCUCAGAAAAAAACCACCAGGUUUACUUUUACCGGGGGCACAUAAGGUGGACAGAGAGUAUACAGUACAGAAGGCUCUUUUCUCAGUUGGGUUUCCUGUUCCUCAACCUCUCCUUUACUGUUCAGACACGGAGGUCAUUGGUACAGAAUUCUAUGUCAUGGAGCAUGUACAGGGGCGUAUAUUUCGGGACUUGCGUCUCCCGGGGGUCAGGGCGGCCGAGCGUGGAGCUCUGUAUGUGGCGGCCGUAGAGACGCUGGCCAAACUCCAUUCCGCUGACAUCACCAGGCUUGGCCUCCUGGGAUACGGGAAAGGAGUCGGCUACUCUAAGAGACAGGUGUCUACUUGGACCAAACAGUACAGAGCCUCUGCCCACAGAGACAUUCCAGCCAUGGAUAAGCUUUCUGAUUGGCUGAUGGAAAACAUACCAGCCAAUGACAACGAAGUGACCCUUGUUCAUGGGGAUUUCAGAGUGGACAAUCUGAUAUAUCAUCCUACUGAGGCACGUGUGUUAGCUGUGUUAGACUGGGAGUUGUCCACCACUGGUCACCCAAUAGCUGACCUUGCUUACUUCCUGAUGCCUUACUAUUGGCCCGACAGCAUCAGUCCCAUCAGCCAUAUGGGCGGAGUCACAGGAACUGAAGGAAUCCCUGCCCCAGAGGACCUGGUCUCCAUCUACUGUCGUUGCCGUGGUAUCUCCCCCACCCUGGCACAUCAGAACUUCUUCACUGCCCUGGCCUAUUUUAAAUUGGCUGCCAUUGCUCAGGGGAUCUAUGCUCGGUUUCUGCUGGGCAAUGCGAGUGCAGUGGAUGCUGCCCAGUUUGGGGACAGUGUGGAGCCAUUAGCCAAACUGGGCCUUCAGAUAGCAAAAAGCUCCACACUGUCUAGGCCUGUCCCCGAGAAGUUGUUUCUGCAGACUCCGAAAGGCUACGCUGUCCUCCAGAGAGUCAAAGACUUCAUAAGAGAGCACGUUCUUCCUGCACAGCAGGAGGUUACGGAGUAUUACUCCAAAUACUCACAUUCUCCACAGAGAUGGCACACACCACCUGUCAUUGGCAAACUCAUGGCUCGGGCCCGUGAGGCUGGUUUGUGGAAUCUCUUUCUGCCAGCCAUCAGUGGACUGUCCCAGUUGGAUUAUGCUCAUAUCGCCGAGGAAACGGGCAGAUGUUUCUUUGCUCCCCAGGUUUUCAACUGCCAGGCGCCUGACACUGGGAACAUGGAAGUACUGCAUUUGUUUGGGUCUGAGGAGCAGAAGAGACUGUGGCUGGAGCCCUUACUCAGAGGAGACAUCAAAUCCUGUUUCUGUAUGACAGAGCCCGACGUGGCCUCUAGUGAUGCCACGAAUAUGCAGUGUACCCUCCAACGAGAAAAAGACCAUUACCUUAUCAACGGACGGAAGUGCUGGAGUAGCGGUGCUGGGAGUCCAGAAUGCAAGGUUGCCAUAGUGAUGUGUCAAAGCAAGUCCUCAGAUUCCACCGACAGGCACGGUCAGCAUAGCAUGAUCCUGGUUCCAAUGGACACGCCUGGAGUGAGACUUGUUCGUCCCCUGACUGUGUUUGGACAGGAUGAUGCUCUCCAUGGUGGUCAUUUUGAGGUCCAUUUUGACAAUGUGUGUGUGCCUGCCUCAAACAUGAUUUUGGGCGAGGGGCGUGGCUUUGAGAUUGCCCAGGGACGAUUGGGCCCUGGCAGACUGCACCACUGUAUGAGAGCCGUCGGAUUGGCCGAGUCCGCUCUGGAGUUGCUAUGUCGACGGGCUGCCAACAGACACACCUUUGGGAAGAGACUGUACCAACAUGAGGUGGUAGCUCACUGGAUUGCUGAAUGUCGCAUUGCCAUCGAACAAACACGGCUCCUCACUCUCCAUGCAGCGUAUGCUCUAGAUACACUGGGCAACAAGGCAGCAAGGAAACAGAUUGCUAUGAUAAAGGUGGUUGCGGGUCGGAUGGCCUGUAAGGUGGUGGACUGCGCCAUUCAGGUGCACGGGGGUGCAGGAGUGUCAUCAGAUUUCCCCCUGGCUCAGAUGUAUGCGUACGCUCGGACGUUGCGUAUCGCUGACGGGCCUGAUGAAGUUCACCUGUCCUCCAUAGCACAGCUGGAACUCCGAGACCAGUUCAGGAGAGCCACCGCUAAACUCUAACAACACAAACCUCCCAACAACGUCUUAUCAACAUCCUGACAAUGUUCACCGUUUAAUGUUUAAUCUUACUCUGUUAAGCCUGUCUGAUCAGCCUCCACUUAAUGUCAUGUGAGCAUAUAUUCCCAGCCUGUCAACAAUGUCUGAUCACCCAGUGACCAGUCUUGGUUGAAACUUUUGGAUACAUACGUAUAUAUCUAUGUCAGAAACGUUUCCAUGUCAUACUGAGAGUGAAUGAGUAAUUUUUCUCUGAGUCUCUAAAUUUCAGUUUAUUCCAAGCACAAUGUCUACGUGUAAUCCAGUGUAUCAAGAGAAUACAGAGAAACCACAGCAUUUCUGCACAAUUGUUUGAAAAAUGACUGAAGUUUUUUUUUUGUGUGUUGAACAAAACUGUAACACUAUCCCUAUGAGUUCUGACCGCAGAUGCCUUGAAAAUGAAUUCCAAUGUGAAAUAAAAUAGUUUAUAUGAAUCUAAA